UAGACCGUGAAGCAUGGUAUUUUCGUGACUAGAUAAUGCCAGCACUCACGUCUCGAACUUUCCUUAAAUUUAUCAGCCGCAACCUGUACUGUACGCUCACUUCUUUGCUUGUUUUAGUAAUUUACUAUGGGAUUAAUACGUAUAAUUUAAGUCCGUACAAAACAAACGAAUGGAAAGUCGAAGUCAGUACCAGUGUAGUGAAAAUAAAAUCAGAUGCCAUUCCAGAACUUAACUACAUUCUUCUUUGGGGUGAUCCUGAGCAGGCACCCUUUUGCCACUUUGGCGAAGGCCGCUCUGUAUUUGAGGAGAACAAUUGCUCAUGUACGAACUGUUACGUGACAAGUAACAGAAACCAUUUACAGGACUACACCCAGUUUAAAGCGGUUAUUUUCUACGGACCCUCGCUUGACGAUCUGGUGAGCAGAAAUCAACUGCCACGGCGUCGAUCGCCACAUCAGCUUUAUAUUUAUCUUAAUCUUGAAUCUGCUGCUAACUACCCCGUAUGCACAGAACGCUGGAAUGGUUACUUCAAUUUGACCUGGACCUAUCGUUUAGACUCGGAUCUCGUAUGGCGUUACUAUGAGUUUCAUAACGAAAGUGGGUAUGAUGUCGCACCGCGCGCUUCAGUCUACUGGCAAGAGAACAAGGCGAAUUACAGGAACGAAGAUCUUGCGGAGGUAGUCCGAGGAAAACGCAAGGCAGCUGCCUGGUUUGUUUCCAACUGUGACACGACCAGCAUGCGUGAGGACCUGGGAGGACAGAUACGCCAGAAUCUGCGCAACUAUGAUUUCGAUAUUGAUAUUUACGGGGACUGCGGUAGCUUACUCUGCCCAGUUUCAGCCAUGGAUAUAUGUCUGAUGAAGUUAGAGCGAGAGUAUUACUUUUACAUAGCAUUCGAGAAUGCAUUAAGUGACGAUUACGUUACUGAAAAGGUGGUUCACGCUCUGAAUCAUCGCACAGUGCCCAUCGUGUUUGGUGGAGCUAAUUACAGCAGAUUUCUUCCACCGGGUUCGUACCUUGACGCAAGAGAAAUGGGCGCACGGCGCACUGCGCAGCGUAUAGCCGAAUUGAUUCGACGUCCAAACGAAUACAUACAACUAUUCAACUGGAGAAACUAUUAUCGUGUGCAUGCAAUCGCACCGGGUAUUCAGGCUUGUCACUUGUGUGCAGCUAUCAACAAACGCCCCGUACCACGAAACACAACGAUACAAUUCCGUCGUUGGUGGACACCGCUAACAUCAUGUAGAGACGUCAUCAUAGCUAAUUUACACUAAUAAUUAUCUAUGUUAUUUUGAUCCAAGGUUGAUCCUAUUUAUUCUAUACUUAUAUUAUAAACCUAAUGAGUUGUUGCGCAAAUUCGAUGAGUUUGCAUGAUUGUUUAUUUUUCUAAGUAGAUGGAGUCCAUCUAUCGAUAACGAUAUGCGUGUGUUGGAUCUGAUGUUUGAAAAAUACAACCUCUUUCACAUUUUUAUAGACGCGUUCUGAAACGGAAUUUUUAAUUUCUCGCUGCUGAAUAUCUCAACAUAACAUAGAAAAAUAUUUAUCGACACAAUUCUAGCGACUACUGCAUUAA